UUUCGCUUUUGUUGAUUCCAACCAUGCAUAUAUGUAUGUACAUAUGUACAAAAGUAUAUCAGCCAUCGUUUUGGUCAACAUCACUUCAGUUCACAAAAGUGUCAGACUCGUAAAGUCGGUCUUAAACGGGUUCGACCAGCAAAAGUAAAAGUCACCUGUCGGCGUUUGUGUGUAACUGUAAGAUAAUGAGUGUACUUACGAAACUACUCAAGGCAAUGCUUGUGGUCCUAUUGACUGCGUUUUUGGGACAUGAAACUGUGGCCUAUGAUCCCAAUGAUCCCAAGAUAGCCGAAUGCUGCCUGCCUCCAGAGGGGAUGUUCGAGGCCUUUUACCCCCGCGAAGUGGAAGGUAUCCCCAAUAGCGCCUCCCGCCCAGCCCAUGGCCACGGUAGCUUCUUUAAGCACCGCAAUCCAGCACUUGUGGACACAAAAAAUGCAGCGGCCUAUGGCUAUCGUUUUGAUGGCAAGAGGCGUUUCAAUUUUGAUUAAUUUCGCUCACUUAUUCAGGGUCCUUUACCAAUAAAACCCCUUCUGAAACCGUAAAUGUAA